AUGCAUCUCCACGCCUCCUGGGACCUUCCACUAGUCAUACAUAUCAAUGUACCCCUACCGUACUCGGAAGGGGCGCGAGUCAAGAAGUGCCGACAGCUUUUGCUUCGGACGCGCAACAAGGGCCACCAUUCGAUCGUCUUUUCGGAUGAGAAGCUCUUCACCGUCGAGCAGCAGUUCAACGCUCAGAACGUCAGAGUGAUCGCAAGGAAUGCCGAGGAAGCCGACAAGAAGGGAAGAGUCGUUCACCGGGCCGCACACCCUGCCCAAGUCAUGGUUUGGGCAGGGGUGUGUGCCUCGGGGAAGACGCCGUUGAUAUUCGUCGACCCCGGCGUCAAAAUCGACAAAGAUUACUACCUGAAGACGAUUCUGGAAGAUGCUCUACUCCCGUGGGCGAAUUCCCACUUCAACGGCCGCCCGUGGACAUUCCAGCAAGAUUCGGCGCCCGCCCACAAGGCCAAGGUCGUCCAAGCGUGGUGCAAGAGCGAACUCCCCGACUUCAUCUCGGCAGAAGAAUGGCCGGCAUCGUCACCGGAUUUGAACCCACUGGACUAUAACUUGUGGUCCUACCUUGAGAGCAAGGCCUGCGCCACACCCCACCCCAAUUUGGAUUCUCUGAAGGCAGCGCUCAUCCGAGAAUGGGACGAAAUCGACGACGCACUCCUGCGUCCGGUCAUCGACGCUUUUCCCCAAGCGACUCCGUGCUGUCGUCCGUGCCAAAGGUGGCCGAAUCGAGAACCGCCUCGUUGCUCGAAAAGGACUCCAAAGAUUGCCUUCCGUGAGAAACGGUCUGCUUCUCUAACCGAUUCACAAUCGUUGCCGGUACCGCCGAUUCUGAAUGUCGAUCAAACAGCUGGAAACCCAUCAAGGAUGAGAUCUCGGCGAAAUAUCGCUCAGACCAAGAAGGGUUUCUACAUGACACUCGAUGUGGAGACCAGGUGA